AUGUCCGACUCCGAUCCAUUAUACACCGUCUUUAUCAGACUUCCAUUCCCAAGAGGAGACUUUGUUGAUCCGCCUUUUGUGGAAUGGGACGCCGGAAAGGACAAGGCGCUAUGGAAGAUCCUCUCCAAAGCUUCGAAGAAUAGCGAUAUUGACUGGAACGAACUCGCCACCAAAUUCGACGUCUCCCUAACCUUCCUCCUCCAACAAGCAGCAUGGCUGUACGAACGGCAACUCCUACAGGUACGGGCGCAGAUGCGGAAAGUUGGUGCCUCGAAGGGAUCUGCAGCGCCGUCACCUAUUCCUGGUAGCACAUCUGAGAAUGUUGGAGGAGAGAUGAUGAGAACGACAAGCUCGGGAGGUGCAGGACCACGAGUGUCCUCGGCCCUUUCAGCAAGGAAGGAUUCUCCAUUCCCGAAAGGCGAUGCCCCGACCCCAAGCGCCUUGGGACGAACGAUAGCACCCCCCAUCUCUCGCACAUCCUCAGCGAAUACCACUAUCACGGCUCGCAACUUCAACCAGAUAAGCUCCCACCCAGCACCAACCCGGCCAUCCCUCUCUCCGAACCCCAAAUCCCGCCCCUCCUCCAUCGCCGUCGACCCUAGAGCCUCCUCCCAGUCCCCAGUUCCAGAAGACUCUCUUACCUCUCCCUCUGCGUCUUCCUCCGAUUCAUCAUCCGACUCCUCACCCCCAGCCCAAAGCCGCCUACUCCGCCGCCCUCCCCGCUUCACAUCCAAGAAACUGGAACAAUCCGACGAUGAUGAUGACGACGACGGCCCAGCAUUCAUGCCGGUGGCCGGAGUGUCCCAAGCCGCCCAUCAUGAUCUAUCCGAUACACUCCGCGGCGAUGCCCAGAACAUUUCCCGCCGAACGCCUUCACAUGGACAUCAUAAGAAGCCGGCAGAUGCAUCCUCUAUAACGCAACGAUCACAGACUUCGGACUCAUCGGCGAGCUCUACUGCGCAUCGACGCCCAGAGCCACUAACAAGAGGAGGUUCGGGCAGGCAACGAUUAACAGGCCCGUUGUCCCCAAGACGAACGGUUGCGUUGAAGGCGAGGGAGGGGAGUGACGGGACUCCAAGUAUGGGAAGUAGUUUUAGCGAUUUGGAUGAUGCUUCUGUCACUCAGAGUGCGCUCGAGGAGGCGCUGGCGAGUAAUAUGCAAGCUGGUGGGGGAAUGGCGAGUAGGAUGAGUUCAAUUAGCCAAGCGCUGAGGAGUAAAUAUUUGUGA